CGCAGGCAGCUCCACCAUAACCUCCAAAUUGAACUGAUACCGCCAUGAUACACUGCCGAUUAAUACCGAAAAGUAGAGCGAUAAAUUAAAAAUAUCAAUAAUCAGGAAUCACGCAAGAUCUCAUGUGCUCGAUUAUUGUGGUCGCUCGUUAUGGAAUAUGAUAAUAAAUCGUUUCGCGGAAGAUAUUUGGUCAUCGCGUCUCUCGGUCACUCGAUUAGAAUAGUUCGAUGUAACCGUUGAGGAAAAAGUAAAGAGGGGUGAAAACGUUCGCGGACUUUACGAAUCGCCUGUUUUUUUUAUCGAAUAUGUGAGCCUUCCUCGAGAUUCGCAUCACUUUACAACAGUUUAUAAAUAUAUAUAUAUAUUUAUACAUAUAGAUCUACGUAUAUAUAAAUAAAUAUAUACAUACAUCUAUAUAUGUAUGUAUAUGUAAAUGAAUGUAAAUAAUGGUGUUUUGGACUGUCAUUUAUUCGCUAGCGAUAUUUCUGCACUUCAGUGCCAUACAAGCAAAGCCAGAGUCGCAGGGUUACUGCGCACCAUACAGCGGCAAGAUCUGCAAGAAAUAUCUCACUGGUAUCGGGAAAGUCUGGUUUAAUGAUUCCAACGACAAUCCCGGUGGAUGGCUGAAUGAGAAGAUCACGUCGAAUCUCUGGGAAGAAUUGAUAGAAACGCUUCUAGAGCCAUGUCGUUCGGCGGCAGAAAAAAUGCUGUGCAUGUAUGCAUUUCCGUUAUGUCACGAAUCGGUAGGCCUACCCUUAUGCUACGAGGAUUGCAUGGCUGUACGUCAGCAAUUUUGCUUCAACGAUUGGGCCAUCAUCGAGGACAACAAGCAGAGAGACAUUUACAUUCGUUCGCGUGGACACUUCGUGCUACCGGAAUGCGAGAGCCUGCCCAAAGUGAACAAGAAAGUGCCUACUUGCUCGCAUGUACACCUUACCGAUAUGGAUGAGGAAGUUGUCACUUAUGAUUGCAUCAGAGGCAACGGUAGAUUCUACAUGGGAAAGGUCAACAAAACGAAAUUUGGAUUAGACUGCCAAUCGUGGAGCGCCCAAGUGCCGCACAAUCAUGAUAAACCGCCCGAUGUCUUCCCGCAGAUUCAAUUCAGUGAAAAUUACUGUAGAAAUGCGGGUGGCGAUGAGCCAGUGCCAUGGUGCUUCACAACCGAUCCCCUCAUACGUUGGGAGCAUUGCGAUAUUCCUGUAUGUGAUAACAUGACAACUAAAGUAGAGAUUGAAUCAAAAGAUAUAACGAUGGAUACUCUAUUUAAUAACACACUGGUGCUCAUAUUAUCAGCAUUGGGCUUUGCAAUCAUAGCCGGUGCAUUACUGUCUAUCCUCCUGAGCCAAAGACUGCACAAACGUCAUCGAGGCUAUAAUCCAACUGAUAAUCAGGACGUGAACAUUGAUUUAGAUAAACUUCCCAACAACGAAGCGUAUCAUAAGACGAGCGCGCAGCUGAAUCCCAAGUUGGAAAAGCUGGAGUUUCCGCGAAAUAAUAUUAUUUACGUGCGGGACCUGGGCCAAGGCGCUUUCGGUCGCGUGUUCCAGGCAAAAGCGCCAGGGCUGAUCGCGGGUGAGGAAUUCACGAAUGUUGCCGUGAAGAUGUUGAAGGAAGAGGCAUCGGACGAUCUGUUGCGAGACUUUGAGCGAGAGGCGUGUCUCCUCGCCGAGUUCGAUCAUCCCAACAUUGUGAAGCUGUUGGGUGUGUGCGCGCUUGGCCGACCGAUGUGCCUGCUGUUCGAGUACAUGGGCCGCGGUGAUCUCAACGAGUUCCUACGCUCGUGUUCGCCCAGCAACUACGUCAUCCGAAUGUCCACCACGGCAGAUGACAAUGGUCCCACAGCGGGAGAGCCUUCGCGGCUCUCACACAUGGACCUAAUCAACAUCGCCCUGCAAGUGGCGUCCGGUAUGGUAUAUCUGUCCGAUCGAAAAUUUGUCCAUCGCGACCUAGCCACGCGCAACUGUCUGAUCAAUGAUCAGAUGAUUGUCAAGAUCGCCGAUUUUGGUCUAUCACAGAAGAUAUAUUUGCAGGAUUAUUAUAAAGGGGACGAACAAGACGCUAUCCCCGUCAGAUGGAUGCCUCUCGAAAGCAUACUUUACAACAAAUACACUGUCGAAUCGGACGUGUGGGCGUUCGCUGUAUGUUUAUGGGAAAUCUUCAGUUUCGCGUUGCAACCAUAUUACGGAAUGACGCAUGAAGAGGUGGUCAAGUACAUUAAAGAGGGCGAUGUAUUGCGAUGUCCAGAUAAUACACCGCAGUCGAUUUACGAUCUGAUGAAGCUCUGUUGGAACAGGCGACCAUCUGACCGGCCUACAUUUCGCACAAUCUACCAGACCCUUGACGGCAUCAGGCAGGAAUUGGAGGUCGAAUGCAGGUCGGACAACGUUCCGCUACGUAUUCGAGUGUAAUAACGGUAAUUAAAUCUGUAUUGUGUAUCAUGUGUGAUGUGAAAUAUCUGCCUGCUUUUUUUAAUUGAAUUCACCACGAUAUUGAAUUAGUUAUCAGUCGCGAGAAGUCAGAAAAGGACCAAUGUAUAAAGUGAAAGCGCAAUACUGUAUGAUGUUGCGUUAACUUCUCUUCGUCUUCUAAAAUAUGGAUGUUCGUCCUUAUCGAGGGACAUAGUAUUGCUCUUUUAUACUUUCCCGAAAAUCUCUUCUUUCGGAUAUCGUGUUAACUCGAAAAGAUCGACGCUCGUUUCUAUUUAGUGUUCAAUUAGCUUCCGAUUAUCCAAUUAGAGCUGCCAUUUUUCUGAUUCUCGGAAUCAAAAAUUCCGAAGAUAGUUUUUUUUUAUCUCCGGUUCAUAAUAAAUGUAAAUAUAUAUAUGGAUUCGCGCG